GCGCCGCCGCUCGCUCCACGUGAGGGCCGGCAGGGGGGGAACAUCCGGGUCCCGGACCGGUGGCGGCUGCUGCGGGAGGCGAGGGCGAUGCCCCGGGCCAGAGGCAAGGCGGCGGCGGGCGGCGAGGAGUGGGUGGAUGGCGACGAGCCGCCUGCACCCGCUCCCGAAGUCCUGAAAAAAGGAAAAAAAGACAAGAAGGCCAAGAAGUCGUUCUUUGAAGAGCUGGCGGCAGAUGAUAAGCAAGUGAAAACAGAAGAGCCCGUCAUCAUAGAGCAGCAGCAACAAAAGAAAAAGCGUGACAAAAAGAAAGAACGGAGCAAGAAGAAAAAGGAUGAAGAUGAUGACAGUGCAGUGACUGAGAAACUGAAUAAGCUCUCGGUGCAGGCCAGUGAUAAUGAGGAGGAGGAAGAAGUGAUAAAACCAAAACGAGGAUGCAAAAAGAUGGGUGGCAAUGCCUUUGCAGCUCUUAGUCUUGAACAGAGUGACGACGAUGAAGACGAGGAUGAAGGAGAGACGCAGCUCACCAAGAAAGACAAAAAUCAGAAAAAUAAGCCCAUGCCUGAGGAAGAUGACCAGAAGCAAAGUAUUAAAGGCAAGAAAAAUGAACGAGGAAAAGCAAAAGAGCAAAAGGUACCAUCAGAAGACGAGGACAAAGAUAAAUCAAGCAAGAAGAGCAAAAAAACUGAGAAAGCAAAACAAAAGGCACUCUCUGACGAUGAUGAAGAUGAGGAUGACAAGUCAACUAAAAAGGGAAAACACUCUAAAACCAAAGGAAAGCAAAAGGGUGGCAGUGCCAUUGCUACGAAGCAGAUUGACGGAGAAGGAGGAAUGAAUAAAGAAGAAUCAAAGCCACAGGGAGGGAAAGGAAAGCCUGCAAAUUCCUUUGGUGCCUUGGAUAUGGAGGAUGAUGAAGAGGAGCUGGAAGAGGAUGAAGAGGAGGGUCAUAAAGGCAAAGCAAAAGUUAAGAAUGAAGAUGAUGAGGAAGACGUGGAGGAGGAUGAAAAGGGAGCAAAGGAAAAGGUGGCAGAUGACAAAUAUGCUAAUUUAAGCAAGAAAGAAAAAAAGAAAUUGAAGAAACAGAUGGAAUUUCAGCGGCAAGUGGACACACUGAAAGCUUCAAAUGAUGCUGAGGGUGACUUCUCUGUGUCACAAGCUGAGCAAUCAUCAAGACAAGCCAUGCUGGAGAAUGCAUCAGAUAUUAAGCUGGAGAGGUUCAGCAUCUCAGCUCAUGGGAAAGAACUGUUCAUCAAUGCUGACUUGUACAUUGUAGCUGGAAGGAGAUAUGGUCUGGUUGGACCUAACGGUAAGGGCAAGACAACACUGCUGAAGCACAUCCAGAAUAGAGUGCUGAACAUCCCUCCCAACAUUGACGUGCUCCUCUGUGAGCAAGAGGUGAAGGCCGAUGACACAGCAGCAGUCGAUGCCGUCCUGAAAGCUGAUACAAAGAGGCUAAAGCUUCUGGAAGAAGAGCGACAGCUCCAGACUCUCUUGGAGAAAGGCGAUGACCGCGCUGGUGAAAGGCUGCAGAAGGUGUACGAGGAGCUGCGUGCUACCGGUGCUGCUGCUGCAGAAGCCAAAGCCCGCCGUAUCCUGGCUGGUUUGGGUUUCACUCCUGAGAUGCAGAAUCGCCCCACCAAGAAAUUCUCUGGAGGCUGGAGAAUGCGAGUCUCACUGGCUAGAGCCUUGUUCAUGGAGCCCACAUUACUGAUGUUGGACGAGCCCACAAACCAUCUGGACCUUAAUGCAGUCAUCUGGCUUAACAACUAUCUGCAAACUUGGAAGAAGACGCUGCUCAUCGUGUCCCACGACCAGGGCUUCCUGGAUGACGUCUGCACGGAUGUCAUUCACCUGGACAUGCAGAAGCUCUUUUACUACAGGGGGAACUACAAUACCUUUAAGAAGAUGUACCAGCAGAAACAGAAAGAACAGCUGAAACUCUACGAGAAACAAGAGAAGAGACUUAAAGAUCUAAAGGCAGGCGGCAAGUCGACCAAGCAAGCAGAAAAACAGACCAAGGAGGCACUAACACGCAAACAGCAGAAAUGCCGGAAAAAGAACAUGGACGAGGAGUCGAACGAAGCCCCCGAGCUUCUGAAAAGGCCUCGGGAAUACACAGUGAAGUUUACGUUCCCGAAUCCACCUCCGCUGAGCCCCCCUAUCCUGGGACUUCAUGCUGUUGAUUUUGCAUACGAAAACCAGAAGCCGAUUUUCAAGAACCUGGACUUUGGUAUCGACAUGGAUUCCAGAAUUUGUAUUGUGGGACCCAACGGAGUCGGGAAGAGUACGCUGCUGUUGCUGCUCAGCGGAAAGUUGAACCCUACCAUGGGUGAACAAAGGAAAAAUCACAGACUGAAAAUAGGAUUCUUCAAUCAGCAGUACGCUGACCAGCUUAACAUGGAGGAGACAGCAACGGAGUACCUCAUGAGAAACUUCAACCUGGCGUACCAGGACGCACGGAAAUGUCUCGGGCGCUUUGGCCUGGAGAGCCACGCCCACACCAUCCAGAUCAGCAAGCUCUCUGGUGGUCAGAAAGCGAGAGUGGUGUUUGCAGAGCUGGCCUGUCGACAGCCCGACGUCCUCAUUCUCGAUGAACCUACAAACAAUCUGGACAUAGAAUCCAUUGAUGCUUUGGCUGAUGCGAUUAACGUCUACAAAGGAGCUGUGCUCAUUGUGAGCCACGAUGCCCGGCUGAUCACCGAGACCAAUUGCCAGCUGUGGGUGGUGGAGGAACAGACCAUCAACCAGAUCGACGGCAACUUUGACGACUACAAGCGGGAGGUGCUGGAGGCGCUGGGAGAGACCAUUAACCGCAAGCAGCAGAAGGACUGAGACCGCAGUGCCGGCUGGAUGGAGAACCCUGCGGCCAACGUGGAAAUUCAAGUGAACCGUGGCACCAAUCGAAAUCAACUGCAGCAGGAUGUGCAGGGACCUCGCACUGCGGCGCAGAAAUUUAACAGUGGCAAACUGCGGCUGUGUGCCCAAUGUCCACAUUUGUACUUAAAAUGCCAAACAAGGGAGAAUUUUAUGAUCUAUAAAUAUUUUUUUGUCGGAGUGGAGAGUGCCUUUGGGUAAAAGGGGAAAGAGAUGGUUUGGAAAUGUGAAUUAAAAUAGUGCUGGGCAAGAGCAGCUCAAUCAGCAAGUGAAUGGAGGAGAGAUGGAUUGAACAUGCUGUGGGCCCUUCAAGACCAGUUCCAAUUUUUUCUUUACAGACACUGAUGUAAUUGGUGUGCAUUUCAGGCGGUUUCAGUUGUUUUAGUGUAGAGACCCACUGGAGUUUCCGUUUAAAAGCAGGUUCCUUGACUGUGGUGGAUCUUUUUCGGUCAAGUGUGGGCAAGGAGAGCUCUCCCUGACUGUUCGAUCUGAACCUUGCAAUGCCUUUUAGAUAUGACUUCAAGGAGCACUGCCAGAUCGAGCUGCAUUGUCACAGGGUUUUGUGGCAGGGUUCAUCCUGGUGGGCUGCGUUUUCAGAUGCGUUGAGCAGAAGGUGAAAGGGGUACCAAAAGCUCUCCUGAGGCUGUGGCACCAGUAAAGUCUUCUGCUUCGCCAAACUUUCCAGGUUUAACAUCAAGUCAGCCAAAAUUGGGAUGAACUCAAGUGGUGCACAAAAUCUGUUGCAAUGAAAUUUAGGAAAUCCAGCCAGAAAAGGGAGAUGACUCCCUGGUGGAAUCAUCCAAAACCCUAAAAGCUUGCCCAGAUUUAGUACAUUUGCAAAUUACCUUCACUGGGGUCUCAGAAGGAUAGAUUGGCACUGGUUUGCUCGUGUAGGAAAUCUACAUGAUGCUCAAACUGGCCAGAAACGCUUGGUGUGUUGUAGAUUCUCUCUGCCUGGGGUGGCUGCCACCAGAGGGAGGGAGAAGUGAGGCAGAGUACAUGAAGCAGUGAUGUUCUGCUCUCUGCACAGAGCACACUGGAGGUGGAAUGGGACUUGUGCGCUGCAGGUCACCGUGUCUGAUAUCACAAGGGAGCAUGAUUAGCCCUGCCUAAAAUCUGAUGUGUUUGAAAUCUGCGGCCCCUCAGUCAGAUCUGCAUUUGCACAGUGAACGUUUCUUUAUUUUUCCAUGACCAAGGAUUGUUCCAUUUGGCACAGGAUUAGUGUGAAUGCAAAGUGGAAACAAGCAUUCGAUAAAUUUUCUUCCUUUGACUGCUUUUUAAUCAGAUUGCAAACAUGCCACAAAAAAAUUUAAAUAGUAGUGUAUAAAUAAAAUUUACACUGGA